AUGUCCGACUUUGAUGAUAAGCUGAGCCAACUUUCGACCCUUUUCAAAGGUGCCAAUAAAACAACUUUACAUGAGUUUCUAAAACGCGCAAAAAGUGACUUGGAUCGUGCGGUGAAUAUCUAUUUGGAUCAAGAGAAACGCAAACGACCAUUAAAACAGCCAAAACUAGAGCAUUUUUUUAAUAACGUGUCUAAAAAAAUCAAAUUAAAUGACUGCGAUGAUAUCCAUUCAACCAGUGAAGAACCAAAAAAAACUAUACAAAAGGACAACUUUUCAGCAGAGACUGUCGCAAACCAGCAAACUUCAAUCAAUAAAGUUAACUUGAAUGACGCAUUAAAGUGGCCUUUAAUAAAUUCAAAUAAAUCUUCACGUAGAAUUAUUCAACCUGUAUUAAAGUUGUUCAGCCCGCAAGAUAUUAGUGAGAAAACUCCAUGCACACUUAUUCACGACGUACUACCUAAGGAAUUGGCAAAUUCUUUAUUAAAAGUUAUGCUUAAAGAGUCUGAAACAUGGCAUCGAAGUCAAUGGUGGUUAUUCGAGCGAAUGGUUACUUCUCCACGCACAUCAUCCUUUUACAUUUCGAACCAAGUCAAGAACACUUGCGAUGGUGAUGUCUAUUAUAACGGUAAAAAGACUUCGAAUGCGCGACAGUUUUUACCAGAAAUGGAAGAAGCAAGGAAGAUCAUAAUGAACAUUGUUAACGAGAAACGCAAGAUCAGGGGUGAAUGGAAUCCAAAUGUUGCUGUUACAAAUUGCUAUGCAAAUUCAAAAGAAAGUGUUGGUUGGCACAGCGAUCAACUAACAAACCUUGGUCCACGUCCAAUAAUUGCUUCGCUUUCGCUUGGUACUACUCGCCAAUUUCGUCUUCGUCGAAUUAAUGAAAAAUCUUCCAGAAUUAUAUCCAUUCCUCUCCCUCAUAAUUCUCUUCUUAUCAUGUGGCCUCCCUGUCAAGAACUUUGGAAACAUGAAGUAUGCUCUCAAAACGUCAUUGAUAAUCUUCAUCCAAUCGCUGGUCCAAAGAGGAUAAACAUCACUUUCAGACAAUUCAGAGAUGAAUAUACCGCUGAAUGGACUCCAAAAUGUUCUUGUGGAAUUCAAUGCGUUUUGAAACCCGUGAUGCGAGGCACAAAUAUUGGUAAAUAUUUUUACAUGUGCUAUGCUUCGGGUGUUAAUGAAGGUCAAAAGUGUAGUUUUUUUGAAUGGUUGGAUGUUUCUAAACGACAAAUCGAUUACAAGAGAAAAUAUAAUUCCCUUGAAUCUAUCCAAUCCGUUGAAAGUCUUUAA